GCCUACACUUCCACACAAAGGGAGAGAGAGAGAGAGAGAGAUGGAGUUAACACAAAGAGGGGCCAUAAUGGAAGAGGAAGAAGAACUAGAAAUCUGGAAUUAUACAUUCGGGUUUGUGAAAAUUGCAGUAGUGAAAUGUGCCAUAGAGCUCGGCAUAGCUGAAGCCAUUGAAAACCACGGAGGCCCCAUGACACUUUCUGAGUUAUCAUCAUCUCUCAAUUGUGCACCUUCCUCCCUUCACCGUAUAAUGCGGUUUCUAGUUCACUAUCGUCUCUUCAAAGAGACGCCCACCAGCCACGGCUCCAUAGCCUUUGAACAAACACCUAUGUCUCGCCGUUUGUUGACACAAGGACAUAACAGCCUGGUAGCUUUAUUUCUUCUGGAGAGCAGCCCAGUGAUGCUGGCACCGUGGCAUCGCCUAGGCGCUCGCGUGCUCGCAAAAGAAGAAUCAGCCUUCGAGACGGCUCAUGGGAAGGAUUUGUGGAGCUAUACGGCGGUGGAUGAAGGUCACAGCAAGCUCUUGAAUGAUGCAAUGGCUAGUAUGGCUAGAGGAACAGUGCCUGCGGUUAUUGAAGGUUGUCCUGAGGUGUUUGAUGGGAUUGGGAGCUUGGUUGAUGUUGGUGGCGGGAAUGGGACAGCUUUAGGGUUGUUGAUGAAAGGUUUUCCAUGGAUUAGAGGGAUCAACUUUGAUCUUCCUCAUGUUGUGUGUGCUGCAGAUCAAGAGUGGCAUGGAGUUGAGCAUGUUGGAGGUGACAUGUUUCAAAGUGUUCCCAUGGCUGACGCUGUUUUCAUCAUGCAAGUUUUGCAUGACUGGGGAGAUAAUGAGUGCAUCCAAAUCCUUAAGAAAUGCAGAGAAUCGAUUCCAAAGGAGAAAGGGAAGGUGAUAAUAGUUGAAACGAUUAUUGAAGAAGAAGAAGAAGAAAGGGACAAGUUCAAGUUUGUGAGAUUGAUGCUAGACAUGGUGAUGAUGGCUCACACUAACAAAGGCAAAGAGAGAACCUUGAAGGAAUGGGAUUAUGUUCUUGGGCAAGCAGGAUUUAGCAGAUAUAAUGUUAAGCCUAUUCAUGCAGUUCAAUCUGUUAUUGAAGCUUUUCCUUAAUUAAUCACCCUAUUAAUUAGGGUCAAUUAAGACUAUCAGUUAAUUAUCUUUUGUUGUAGUAGUGUAAUGGUGGCAAUUGCCCUGCUGCCAAUUGGGUUUUGUUAUGUUCUUGGUUGCAAGGUUUAUAUAAUAAUUGUAUCUUUUAAUUUGAAGGUUUCGGCUGGCUGACAAA